AUUAGCAAGCCUAAUUCUUUCGGUGUGAUAAUUGUACUACUGUUCUGGUGGUGGCAGAAGGGCUUUGUCCCAAUUUUGUGAAAGUUUGAGUGAAAAUUGUGAUUAGAUCGCGUCUGGUGUUUAGGGCGCGUCAAUGAUGCCGCGUAAAUCUCCCAUAAUUCCCUAACUUGACGUCAAUAUGGCGGACGAACUUGAAAGUAAGUAAAACGCGUCUAGUUUGAUAAAUUCCGGAGAAAUUCGAGUGUUUUGGUUGUGAAAAUUGCCCCAGAAUUAAUCUUUGGGCCUUUGUCGAGUGAAUCAGAUUCAGGGUUCAGAAACGGGCGCAGAAUGACGAACGAGCAGGGGGUCACUGUCAAGCAGGAGGUGACGGACGAGGAGGACGAGUCCGGGAUGGACGUCGACGAUGAUGUCCCCACGUUGGGGCCCGCGGCUCUGGGCCUGCAGAGAGUGGGUGCUCCAGCUGCACCUAAACCGCCACCCACUCAACCAACGCAAGUCCUAAACGCCCGUGGUAUGCCUGCAAGGAUCAGGAAGAAAAAUAAACUGUUUUACGACGACGAUAUCGUCAACACGCCACAUCACAGGGUACCUUCUGCGAAAAAAAUGAAGCAAACGCCUGUGAAAAAACCCAAAGUUAACACUCCCACGAAAAGUUUCAAAGAAACGCCCAAGAGAAACACACCGAGGGACGUCAAGUCGCCUCGGAAUAUUUCACCACCGCCCCUUCAAUCGCCCGAUCGGAAAAUCGGGCAGAAAAUCGGACUCAGAUUGAGAAAUGUGCUCAAGUUGCCCAAGGCACACAAAUGGGUCUGCUACGAGUGGUUUUACAGCGAUAUCGACCGGUGUUUGUUUUCGGGGGAAAAUGAUUUUAGUAUCUGUCUAAAGGAGUCGUUUCCUGAGUUAAAAACACGAGAGCUGACGAGAGUACAAUGGACCAAAAUUCGAAGAAUGAUGGGGAAACCCCGACGUUGCUCUCAAGCUUUCUUUCACGAGGAGAGAUUAGAAUUGGAGAAAAAACGGAAAAAAAUCAGAGCGUUACAACAGAGGAAAGCCACCGAACUUUCGAGUUUUAAAGACUUGCCACCUGAAAUCCCCAUGCAAUUGGUUAUCGGUACAAAAGUAACAGCCAGGCUUAGAAAGCCACAAGACGGAUUAUUCACCGGAAGCAUUGACGCUGUGGACACCUCAAACAACACCUACAGAAUAACAUUCGAGCGCCAGGGAUUAGGCACACAUUCUGUGCCUGAUUAUGAAGUUUUAUCAAACGAACCACCCGAAACCCUCUCGUUGUCCAGCUUCCAGAACAAGUUCAGACCCUGGAACGGGAUCACAACAUACGCGGCGAAAAUCUCCCCUUACACAAACCUAAAAUUCAAGAAAGAUCCCUUACUGUCGGGUUCGAUGAUCAAUAAGCCCAUUUUCCCGCAGGAGGAGGGCCGGAUAGGGGGAUACCCGACCAAACUUUUGGAAAAAAUGGUCUUAAUCACGAAAAUCCUCAGCGUCAAGAGGACGAAAAUCAGCGAACUGAAGGGCAUGAACGCCAAGGCGGAGAAAUUUAAUUCGUUUCAUUCGGAGAUUCCUGAAGAGUUUCAGCGGAAUUACGCCUGCAUUUUGAUCGAUCUUGAGAAGUUAAAUCACGAUUUGCAGCUGUAUCUGGAUGAUGUUCAGGCGCUCUGCCAGGAAAUCGCCCCUGAGCCGAGCGUGGCGGCGAUGCUGGCGCCAAGCCAUUUGAGGGAAAAGUGCCGAGAAGAGGCCGCUGAAAUUGUACAAAGACAGAAUUCGAUCAUUUCGGCCGACAAGGAUCCAGUUAAGAAUAAAUCGAUUCUGGAACUCAUCACCGAUCUCACGGCUUUGAUGUUGCAAGUAAAAAGUUUGGCCGAUUCGGAUCAAAACGCAUACGAAUUGCAAGUGCUCCAAGGCACGAUGGAACAAAUCAAGAGGAAGUUGACGCCAAGUAAUCAACUAGUGUUCCAGAACUCCGUCGAAAUUCACAUGAAACACAUUCAAGUCGGUCUCGGGCAAAAUUUAGAUAAAAAACUCGCCAUAAAUGGAAUUUCCAAACUAUGAUACUUUUUUUCUUUAAAAAUGCAGGUUUUUAAAGCAGAAUGCUGUGCAAUACUAUAAUGGCCACAAUUUCGAUUUACACGUCUCGUUUUAUCUUACUGUUUACCGCGGGUUUUAUUUAUAAUUACUGUAUUUUUGUGGGUAUUUCACAGAAUGUGUAUAUUUUACUUGUGUAAUUAAUAAAAAUGUAUAUAUGAGGCA